AUGGUCACCACAAACAAGCAGCAAAAUUUUGAUGUCGUCGACACAUAUAAGCGUCUGCUGGCCGACGACCCAGACUUGACCAUGCCCGUCGCCGCCAUCGAAGCCCUUGUCCUUGCACUUGCUCAUACUCCCGCCACCACUGUCUCGGAAACUCUGGACCUGCUGUCCACCCUCACCGCAGAGUUGAAGGCUCGCAUCCCCAACCCCAUCUCUCUGUCAGCCGGUACAGACUUGUUCCAGCGCUAUAUCAUCACCACACUGCAGAAGCCCACCGCUGGUCGCAACAGCGACUUCGACACAAUCCGCACUCAUCUGGUUCAGAACGGUCGCUUGUUCGUCGAGCGCGCAAAGGAGGCUCGUGACAAGAUUGCUGGUUUUGGUAGACACUUUGUUCGCGACGGCAAUACUGUCUUGACAAACGGUGGUUCGCGUGUCGUCGGUGCUCUCUUACGCUCAGCCGCUGAGACGAGCGCUGGCUUUGGUGCCCAAGGCAGCAUCCGUUUCCGUGUCAUCUAUGUCGUUUCCGACUCGUCAGAUGCAGAGAGCAGUGACAACAUCGCUCAGUUGCGCAAGCUCGGCAUUCCCGUCGCCACAAUUCCUCCCACCGCCAUUGCAUACAGCUUGAACCAGGUCUCGCAAUGCUUCGUUGGUGCCGAGGGUGUCGUUGAAAACGGAGGUAUCAUUAGCAGGUUGGGCACCUAUCAGAUCGCAAUGCUGGCCAAAGCUGCCAACAAGCCCUUCUACGUUGUCUCCGAGAGCCACAAGUUUGUCAGACUAUACCCACUCGGUCAGACAGAUUUAGGCAUCGACCAGAACAUUGUCGAGUUCAAGACAACCGAGGACGCUAAUAGCAUUAACGGAAGCGUUUCUGCAAAGGACGAGGGUGUUGCCGACAUGGAUGUCCAGUCUGAUGCAGGCGUUUCAGAUAGCGUCGCCAACACUGAUGCUGUUGACUUUACACCCCCUAACCUGAUUUCUGGCAUUAUUACCGAAUCUGGUGUUUUGCUGCCAUCCGCAGUCAGCGAGGAGCUCAUCAAGAUCUGGUUCUAA